AUGAACCUGUGGCCGGUGAUUGUCAUAUUCCAUGUUCUAGACCCUAUUUCCAGUCCGGUCUUCCAUCUGGUCAUCAUACCCAAUCUACACUUCAUUUCUGCCUCUGCUCCAAUUCUGUUACCCCAUUUGUAUAGUCCCCUUGUCCUGGAGAUAUGGCACUUCAGUCGAGAAGAAUCUGCAGGUUCUUUGCCUCAGAAUGUCACAGCCACAGCCAGCAACAAGUAUGACAUUCUACAAGGACAACCAAACAUUUGUUUCUCCCCAUCCUCAUCACCCACCACCUCACAUCAUCCCUCCCUCAUAACUUUCACCAAAGUAAAUAUUGAUGAUGCUCUGAAAGCUGAGCUUGGCGCUCUUUUGUGUCAAAAUUGGUUGGAGCCAAUCGGCACCCCAGUCAAUAAGACCUAUGAGAGUCUUCUGACCGACUUCUUCAAGUAUGUCACAAUUCUGAGCUGCAAACACAGAAACCAUUUUAAGGAGGAUUCCACAAUUCUUGAGGAUGUUGAAUUGUGCUUGUGGAUGAACAGAGCAGGACUUUACUGGAAGCUCAUGUGGAAUGGCCCUCCACAUGAUUGGGAUGAUAAGCAGUAUUGGCUGAAUGAAGAAGUGGGCAAAACAGCAUGUCUGAGUUCUAGUGUUUUAAAGUCCAGUUGUCAGACCAACAAAACUGGCAACCGAACCGGACUGCCAAUGGUUGCAACCACAUACCAAUUCUUGGUGUUCAAAUUCUCAGCAGCUCAUUCCUUGGCUUGUUCUUCAGGACUGCCUCACGCCAUUGUGAUAUAUAUGAUGACAGCAAAGAUUCAGAUGAAACAGGGAAAGUUGAAUGUAAAGUUGAAAGGUAAAGAGCAAGCCAUUAUGCUCCCACUGGUGACCAGAGAUUUGCAAUCGCCUUGUGAUGUCCUCUGCUCUAACAUCGGGGUUUUUGCCCGGUGUGUGGUAGAUGUGAACAGUGUUUUGGAUGAGCAUCCCUCUAUGGUGCACUUGAGCAAGUCGGGUAUGACGCAGAUGCCAUCUAUAGGCAGAACUGGAUUGAUCAGCAGAGGCUUUGGAAGAUGGGCAUCCAACCCACACAGGGUAUUGGAGACCCUUGCCUUGGAUGGCAGUCAUUUAUUGGAGGUUCCUUUGGACUUAUGUUGUCUAUGGUGGUGGCCGUGUGCUUGCUCCCAUGAGAUUGUAACGGCACAGUCAAGGCAUACGGUGAGGUUAAACAUCAGAUUGUACUUCACUUUCACUCAUAAUGUCUCUGGUGAAGCAUGGAGUGGUUGGCUUUUACGUGUUGGUCCACUUGUAAAUAUGUCUUGUGGGGAUGGAGAGAUGCUGGAAGAGGCCUUCUGCUUGUUUAGGUCAGUUGGAGAGUUGUGUGAGCUCUUGUGCCAACUCCAAAUCCCGAGGUUCUACAUACCAGAGAUUAGGGAAGAGGAAAGAGUUGAAGUCCAAACCCUACAAGCUGCAACUGAACACGAGUCCGAGAUCUGUCGAUGCAGGACGAAAAGUGCCGAGGGACAAUCUUUGAAGUUGUAG